AUGCUGCGGCGUUUGCAGAGAGGCCGGCACGCGAGAUCAUCCUGUGGGGUCGAACUGAGAAAUGCCUGAAGGAGACCACGGAGGAGAUCAGGAGGAUGGGCACCGAGUGCCAUUACUUCAUCUGCGACGUAGGGAAUCGAGAGGAGGUCUAUCGGCAAGCCAAGGCUGUGCGGGAAAAGGUGGGUGAUAUCACUAUCCUGGUGAACAAUGCUGCCGUGGUGCACGGGAAGAGCCUGAUGGACAGCGAUGAUGACGCACUGCUCAAAUCCCAACAUAUAAACACCCUGGGGCAGUUCUGGACCACCAAAGCGUUCCUGCCAAGGAUGCUGGAGUUGCAGCACGGGCACAUUGUCUGCCUGAACUCCGUCCUGGCCUUGUCAGCCAUCCCCGGGGCCAUCGACUAUUGCACUUCCAAAGCCUCGUCCUUUGCCUUCAUGGAGAGCCUGACCCUGGGGCUGCUGGACUGUCCCGGCGUGAGCGCCACCACCGUGCUGCCCUUCCACACCAGCACGGAGAUGUUCCAGGGCAUGAGAAUCAGGUUCCCUAAUCUUUUUCCUCCUCUCAAGCCAGAGACAGUGGCUAAGAGGGCAGGAGAAGCUGUUCAGAUGAACCAAGCCUUCGUGCUCCUUCCGUGGACAAUGAACGUGCUCGUCAUCCUGAAGAGCGUCCUCCCUCAGGCAGCGCUUGAAGAAAUCCACAGGUUCUCUGGGACCUACACCUGCAUGAACACUUUCAAAGGACGAACAUAGGCCGGGUGGUGCGAGGAGCGUUGGGCGAAGCCUGGGCAGGCGGGGAGGCCCU